AUGGCCCCAAGGCUCUGGAGCUGUCAGCCUUGCCAGGUACAUAGGAGUCUAGCUUUGGCUGAUGGCCUGGAGGACAUCGGCCACAAGGUGCUUGCCUACUUCUGGGGCGAGGAGGCUCCAUGCCUGGCCAGGUUUGAUGGUGACAGUGCCUACGUGGGGAUGAGUGACGGCAACCCAGAGCUCCUGCCAACCAGCCAGACCUACAGCAGCCAGAGCGAGAACAAUGAAGACUAUGAGAUUCCCCCCAUAACACCGCCCAACCUCCCCGAGCCAUCACUCCUGCAUCUGGGGGACCACGACGCUGGCUACCACUCUCUGCGCCACGGCCUGACGCCCAACGGUCUGCUCCCCGCCUACUCCUACCAGGCCAUGGACCUCCCCGCCAUCAUGGUGUCCAACAUGCUGGCCCAGGAUGGCCACCUGCUGUCAGGCCAGCUGCCCACCAUCCAGGAGAUGGUCCACUCGGAGGUGGCUGCCUAUGACUCAGGCCGGCCGGGGCCCCUGCUGGCCCGCCCAGCGAUGCUGGCCAGCCACAUGAGCGCCCUCAGCCAAUCCCAGCUCAUCUCCCAAAUGGGCAUCCGCAGCAGCAUUGCUCACAGCUCCCCGUCCCCCCCAGGAAGCAAGUCGGCCACCCCCUCUCCCUCCAGCUCCACCCAGGAAGAGGAGUCGGAAGCGCAUUUCAAGAUUUCAGGAGAGAAGAGACCGUCAGCCGACCCAGGAAAAAAGGCCAAGAACCCAAAGAAGAAAAAGAAGAAGGACCCCAAUGAGCCUCAGAAGCCUGUGUCAGCCUACGCGCUCUUCUUCAGAGACACUCAGGCCGCCAUCAAGGGUCAGAACCCCAGUGCCACCUUUGGAGAUGUGUCCAAAAUCGUGGCCUCCAUGUGGGACAGCCUGGGAGAGGAGCAGAAGCAGGCCUACAAGAGGAAGACCGAAGCAGCAAAGAAAGAGUACCUGAAAGCUUUGGCAGCCUACAGAGCUAGCCUGGUCUCCAAGAGCCCCCCAGAAGGUGAGACCAAGAGCACACAGGCCAAUCCGCCAGCCAAGAUGCUCCCGCCCAAGCAGCCCAUGUACGCCAUGCCUGGCCUGGCCUCCUUCCUGACGCCCUCCGACCUACAGGCCUUCCGCAGCGGGGCCUCUCCCGCCAGCCUCGCCCGGACGCUGGGCUCCAAGGCUCUGCUGCCCGGCCUCAGUGCUUCUCCACCUCCCUCCUUCCCGCUCAGCCCCUCGCUCCAUCAGCAGCUGCCACUGCCCCCACACGCCCAGAGCGCCCUCCUCAGCCCGCCUGUGAGCAUGUCCCCCGCCCCCCAGCCUCCGGUCCUGCCCGCCUCCAUGGCACUCCAGGUACAGCUGGCCAUGAGCCCCUCGCCCCCAGGGACACAGGAGUUCCCGCACAUAGCUGAGUUCCCCGGCGGCUCCGGCUCCCGCUCUCCUGGCCCGUCCAACCCCACGAGCAGCAGUGGGGACUGGGAUGGCAGCAGCUACCCCGGCGGGGAGCGAGGCCUUGGCACCUGCAGCCUGCUUCCCAGGGAUAAAUCACUCUACCUCACCUAAUCCUGCCUCCCUCUGCCCCGGAGGCUCACUGGAGGGCUGAAGAGCUGCCCACAGGAGCUCGGCUGUGGCAGCAGACGGGGUGACCAGCCAGCCCAGAGCCGUGAGGCGCCAGUGCCCCAGGGCUGAGUCUCUUCCUCCACGUCCCAUCAGCCUCUGCGGAGGCAGCCUGCCGCCUACUACCAGCCCAAAGAACCUGCAGGAACCUUCU